AUGAAAUUUUCAUCAGUUGUAUUAUCUGCUUUAUUAGCUAAUUUGGUUGCUUCUGCUCCAAUUAAAACGGUUAUUGUUACUGCUUUCACUACUGUUUUGGUAGAUAGUAAAGGUAACACUAAGAUUCAAACUGAAGCUGCCACUGCUACUGCUACUCUUAGUGGUAAUGCUGCUGCUGCAAACACAGAUGUUACUCAAGAAUAUAAUACCCCAUCUACAACUUUUACUGCUACUUCAUAUAAUAACAAUAAUAACUGGGCUAGUGCUCCAAGUUCUGUUGAAACUUCUAUUGUUGAACCAGCUACUAGUGAAAUUAUUGAACCAUCAACCACAAAUAACAUUCAAACUACUUUAUCAACUCAAACCACAUCAUCUCCAUCAACAACUUCAGCAACUUCUUCUUCUUCUUCUUCUUCUUCUUCGGCACAACCAACUGGAUCGGAAUUUUCUGGUGAAGGUACUUUUUACUCUACUGGUUUAGGUUCAUGUGGUAUCACCAGUACCGAUUCCGAUUUCAUUGUUGCUAUUUCUCAUGAAUUAUAUGAUUCUAAAUCUGUUGGUAAUAAUCCAAAUCAUAAUCCAUUAUGUAACAAGAAAAUUAGAGCAUUUUAUGAAGGAAAAUCCGUUGAUGUUACUGUUGUUGAUCGUUGUGAAGGUUGUGCUUAUAAUGAUUUAGAUUUCUCACCCGCUGCUUUUGAUAAAUUGGCUGAUGAAUCAUUAGGAAGAAUUGAUAUUACUUGGGAAUGGCUCAAUUAG